UACCACACGUGGCAUGUCACUAAUUGGAGUAAUAUAGAAAGGAAGACGACAAGUCCUAAAUUCGAGGCUGGAGGUUGGCAAUGGCGCAUCUUGCUUUUUCCUUAUGGAAAUAAAAAUUUAAGCAAAAUUUCAAUUUAUUUAAAAUCCGUUGAUUCGCAAGUAGAAUAUGCAGAUUUGCACGUCUGUGUGCAAUUCGCUUUUAUUUUAUGGAAUUCGAAAGAACCGACAGAAUACGUUGGCCAUUAUGCAUAUCAUCGUUUUACUGCCCAAGAAUCCGACUGGGGCUUCGGAAAAUUUUAUGACCAGAAUAAGUUGUUUACCCCAUCUGAUGACCGAAUUCAUCCGCUAAUUGAAAAUGAUGCUUGUAACAUUACGGCACUAGUUCGUGUCCUGGAAGAUCCAACUGGCACACUAUGGUCCGAUAGGAAAUAUUCUCCUGGAUAUACAGGCUUAAAAAAUCUAAAAGUAAAUACUUUCUUAAAUUCAGUAAUACAAUCACUCUACUUUAUAAAAUAUUUUCGUAAGGCAGUCUAUCAAAUUCCUAUGGAAAAUGAUAAAUCAGCAAAGAGCAUUGGUUCAGCUUUACAGCAGAUUUUUUAUGAUUUAAAUGUCUCAGAUUCUUCAGCUCAAACAACAGAAUUAGCAAAGUUUUUUGGAUGGAAUAUAUUUCUUACAAGUGAUGUUCGAAAGUUUAUUGGUGUGUUACGAGACAAUAUUGAAGAUAAAUUAAAGAACACAAAAGCAGAUGGCACGAUUUCUAAACUUUUUGGUGGCAAGAUGAAAACUUACAUUAAAUGCGUUAAUGUAGAUUAUGAAUCCUUACGUAUUGAGGAUUAUUAUGAUAUUCAACUUAAUGUUAAAGGAUGUAAAACUUUAGAUGAUUCUUUUAUGAAAUAUAUGCAAGAAAAUUUAGAGGGAGACAAUAAAUAUGAUGCUGAAGGGUAUGGUUUGCAAGUUGCUAAUAAAAGUGUAAUCUUUGAAAGUUUUCCACCUGUAUUGCACAUACAUUUGGAUCGGUUUGAGUAUGAUACGCAGAGCAAUACUAGGGUCAAAAUAAAUAAUCGUUAUGAAUUUCCCAUGGAAAUUGAUUUACAAAAAUAUUUGUCACCAGAUGUAGAUAAGUCAAAAUCGCAUAAAUACUUAUUACAUGGUGUGCUUGUUCAUGGUGGUUCGAAUAAACAUAAUUGUCGGUAUUAUGCAUUAUUAAGACCCGAAAGGAAUCAUAGAUGGAUAAAAUUUGAUGGUAUUCGUGUUACACCAGUAUCAGUCAAAGAAGUGCUUGAAAAUAAUUACGGUGGUGAUGAUUGCCCGUAUAAUAAUGCAUAUUUGUUAGUAUAUAUUCGCGAGCCUGAUAUCAAUGAGAUAUUAUCUUCAAUGCUUCCUGAAGAUCUCCCAAAACAUUUGUGUAAAGAAGAAAAGGCUUCGCGGGAACAGAAGAAAAAAGAAUUAGCAGAAAACAUGCAAAUAUGGGUCUUAACUGAAGAUACACUUAAAAACCACAAAGGAUUUGAUCUUGCUAACUUUAAUGCUGAGCAACAUCCAUUAUCUGAAGUUUUUCAAAUUAAAUUUUUAAAAAAAGACACUUAUGAUGAUUUUAAGAUAACGAUCGCUGCAAAGUUUAAAAUUCCUGCUGAUCAAAUAAGGUUCUGGGUAAUGAUAAAUCUACAAAAUAAAACUGUUAGACCUCGUAAGCUUAUAAUUGAUAAUUUUCUUGGUAAAUCGAUGGAAGAAGUUAAAGCAAAACUAUCAGAGGGAGAUGGUGAAUUGAGAUUAUAUAUGGAAAUAUUGGAAAAACCAAUAACGAUAAACGUCAAGAAAAAACCACCGCCAGAGAUGAUCAUUUUUCUUAAAUAUUUUAAUCCGGAUACACAGUCACUAGACAGAAGUCUUGGUCAUUUAUGUGUUCAGAAAAAUCAUAAAAUUGAUACUAUUUUUCCUAUUCUAUAUAAAAAAACGAAACUCAAACAAAAUACGCCUUUGGAUAUAUAUGAGGAAGUCAAACCAGAUUUUAUCGAAAAGAAGAUGCCUAAAUUAACUUUUAGUAAGUCCGAGAUGCAAGACGGUGAUAUAAUAUGUUUCCAAAAAACAUUGACGAAUAAAGAUAUUCCUCAAUUUUAUGAAUCAUUAUUAAUGAAUGUCAUCGUUCAAUUUAAAUCAAAAUUUGGAUAUAAAGAUUUGAUACCUGAAUUUAGUUUGGUUUUAAAUAAGAAUAUGACAUAUGAAGCUGUUGCCAAUCAAGUCGCUGCUUAUCUUAACACUGAUCCCUCAAGAUUGCGGUUCACAUCAGUAACUGGAAAACAAAAAAAUGAUAUUAGCACGCUAACUGAACAAACAUUGUCAGAAAUACUAAACUUUUCAUCAAGCUU